AGGGGGUGGGGAGGAGGGAACCUCACAUCACGUGACAGGGGCGGCGCGGCCCGGGGUGUCAGUGUGGAGGAGACUGAGGUAAAGUUGGGAGCGCAGCGGCGUUGGCGGCGGCGGCGGCGGCAGCGGCAGCGCGGCGGGGCCGGUAUUCUACCUUGUAAAUACUGUUAUUUGUAUAUACUGUAAAUGAUGACCUCGGUGGGCACUAACCGAGCCCGGGGAAACUGGGAACAACCUCAAAACCAAAACCAGACACAGCACAAGCAGCGGCCACAGGCCACCGCGGAACAAAUCCGACUUGCACAGAUGAUUUCAGACCAGAACGACGCGGACUUUGAGGAGAAAGUGAAGCAAUUGAUUGAUAUCACAGGCAAGAACCAGGAUGAAUGUGUCAUUGCUUUGCAUGACUGCAAUGGAGAUGUCAACAGAGCCAUCAAUGUCCUACUGGAAGGAAACCCAGAUACGCAUUCCUGGGAGAUGGUCGGGAAGAAGAAGGGAGUCUCCGGACAGAAGGAUGGUGGCCAAACGGAAUCCAACGAGGAAGGCAAAGAAAAUCGAGACCGUGACAGAGACUAUAGUCGGCGACGUGGUGGGCCACCAAGACGAGGGAGAGGUGCCAGCCGUGGACGAGAGUUUCGGGGUCAGGAAAACGGAUUAGAUGGCACCAAGAGUGGAGGGCCUUCUGGAAGAGGUACAGAAAGAGGCAGAAGAGGACGUGGCCGAGGCAGAGGUGGCUCUGGUAGACGAGGAGGAAGGUUUUCUGCUCAAGGAAUGGGAACCUUUAACCCCGCUGAUUACGCAGAGCCGGCCAGUACCGACGAUAACUAUGGCACUAGCAGCGGCGGCAGUACGUGGAACAACACUGGCCACUUCGAACCAGAUGAUGGGACGAGACUUGAUUUCAUUGGGGUUGAGGGGUCAGAUUAUCCCCGAAAGUUUGAGUCUGCUCCUGGUAUGAUGCAUCCAGGUGCUUGGAGGACUGCAACAGAGGAAUGGGGAACUGAAGAUUGGAAUGAAGAUCUGUCAGAGACCAAGAUCUUCACGGCCUCUAACGUGUCUUCAGUGCCUCUGCCUGCGGAGAAUGUGACAAUCACUGCUGGUCAGAGAAUUGACCUUGCUGUUUUGUUGGGGAAGACACCGUCUUCAGUGGAGAAUGACUCAUCCAAUCUGGAUCCAUCUCAGGCUCCUUCUCUGGCCCAGCCUCUGGUGUUCAGUAAUUCAAAGCAGAGUGCCAUAACCCAGCCUGCUUCUGGAAACACGUUUUCUCAUCACAGCAUGGUGAGCAUGUUAGGGAAAGGAUUUGGUGAUGUUGGCGAAGCCAAAGGUGGCAGCACCACAGGCUCGCAGUUCUUGGAGCAGUUCAAGACGGCUCAGGCCUUGGCCCAGUUGGCGGCACAGCAUUCGCAGUCUGGAACCACCACCACCUCCUCUUGGGACAUAGGCUCUGCCUCACAGUCCCCAUCGCUGGUGCAGUACGAUUUGAAGAACCCAAAUGAUUCAACCGUACACAGCCCCUUUACCAAACGCCAGGCUUUCACCCCGUCUUCAACCAUGAUGGAGGUGUUUCUUCAGGAGAAGCCACCGGCAGUGGUUACCUCCACCACCGCACCUCCACCCCCCUCUUCUCCUCUGCCGAGUAAACCCACCUCGGCCCCGCAGAUGUCUCCCGGCUCGUCAGACAACCAGUCCUCUAGCCCUCAGCCGGCUCAGCAGAAAUUGAAACAACAGAAGAAAAAGGCCUCCUUGACUUCAAAGAUCCCUGCUCUGGCUGUGGAGAUGCCUGGCUCGGCAGAUAUCUCAGGGCUGAACCUGCAGUUCGGGGCUUUGCAGUUUGGGUCAGAGCCCGUCCUUUCUGAUUAUGAGUCCGCCCCCACCACGAGCGCCUCUUCAAGCCAGGCUCCCAGCAGCCUCUAUACCAGCACGGCCAGUGAAUCUUCAUCCACAAUUUCAUCUAACCAGAGUCAGGAGUCCGGUUAUCAGAGCGGUCCAAUUCAGUCGACAACCUAUACCUCCCAAAAUAAUGCUCAGGGUCCUCUGUAUGAACAGAGGUCCACACAGACUCGACGGUACCCCAGCUCCAUCUCCUCAUCACCCCAAAAGGACCUGACUCAGGCAAAGAAUGGCUUCAGCUCCGUGCAGGCCCCGCAGUUACAGACCACGCAAUCUGUUGAAGGUGCUACAGGCGCUGCAGUGAAAUCUGACUCACCUUCUACUUCGGGCAUCCCCCCUCUCAGCGAAACGGUGUCUGCAGCUUCCUUACUGACAACAGCCACUCAGCACUCAUCCUCCUUGGGUGGCUUGAGCCAUGGCGAGGAGAGUCCAAAUGCUACCACCACGCAACACAGCAGCCCCUUAGCCACGCAGCAGAACACCCUUUCAUCAUCCACAUCUUCUGGGCGCACUUCUACAUCUACUCUUCUGCACACAAGCGUGGACAGUGAGGCGAACCUCCAUUCUUCCUCCAGCACUUUCUCCACCACAUCCAGCACAGUUUCUGCGCCUCCCCCUGUGGCCAGUGUCUCCUCCAGUCUCAGCAGCGGCAGCAGCUUGGGCCUCGGGCUCAGCAGCAACUCCACCGUCACAGCCUCAACUCGGAGCUCGGUUGCUACAACUUCAGGAAAAGCUCCUCCCAACCUCCCUCCAGGGGUCCCGCCGUUGUUGCCUAAUCCGUACAUUAUGGCUCCGGGGCUGUUACAUGCCUACCCGCCACAAGUUUAUGGUUAUGAUGACUUACAGAUGCUUCAGACCAGAUUUCCCUUGGAUUACUACAGCAUCCCAUUUCCCACGCCCACCACUCCGCUGACUGGGAGGGAUGGUAGCCUGGCCAGCAACCCUUACUCUGGUGACCUCACGAAGUUUGGCCGUGGGGAUGCCUCCUCCCCGGCCCCGGCCACAACCUUGGCCCAACCCCAACAGAACCAGACUCAGACUCACCACACCACGCAGCAGACAUUCCUGAACCCGGCGCUGCCUCCUGGCUACAGUUACACCAGCCUGCCGUACUACACAGGGGUUCCGGGCCUCCCCAGCACCUUCCAGUAUGGGCCUGCUGUGUUCCCUGUGGCUCCUACCUCUUCCAAGCAGCAUGGUGUGAAUGUCAGUGUGAACGCAUCGGCCGCCCCUUUCCAACAGCCAAGUGGAUAUGGGUCUCACGGAUACAACACUGGUGUAUCAGUCACCUCCAGUAACACGGGCGUGCCAGAUAUCUCGGGUUCUGUGUACUCCAAAACCCAGCAGUCCUUUGAGAAACAAGGUUUUCAUUCCGGUACUCCUGCUGCCUCCUUCAACUUGCCUUCAGCCCUAGGAAGUGGGGGGCCCAUCAAUCCGGCCACAGCUGCUGCUUACCCGCCUGCCCCCUUUAUGCACAUCCUGACCCCCCAUCAGCAGCCGCACUCCCAGAUCCUCCACCAUCACCUGCAGCAGGACGGCCAGCACCACCUUCACCCACCCCUCCCAGCGCCAGCCAUGGGCACACAGCACACACAGACACAAGCGCACAGAACACCAGCCACGGCUGAGGAGAGCUACCAUAUUUGCAGAUGGUUCUCUGUUGCCAGCGCCAGCAGGAGGAGCAGACGGGCAGCGGGCAACGUAGCCAGACCAGCUCCAUCCCGCAGAAGCCCCAGACCAACAAGUCUGCCUACAACAGCUACAGCUGGGGGGCGAACUGAGGCCCUGACCCUCUUCUUCUCCCGGUCCCAUCUUCUGAGAGGGCUUCUCAGCCUGGCAACUACGGAUACAGCAUCAAAGAAAGGAAUGGGGGGGGGGGGGGUCCCGCUGCCCCCUACCCCCAGCGGCCCGCCCCAUGCCUCAGCUUCAUGUCUGUCCCGUUCCCAUACCAUCCCCACUCUGUUGUAUGUAUUAUAGGAUUUGUAUUUUCUUUUUUUUUUUUCCCCCUUUCCUCUCCUACCCCCUUGCAUUCAAGAUUAUGAAACUUUGCUGUGGGCCCUGCCUUCCUUUUCCUCCUCCUAUUCACCCUGGUGGUGUAUGGGUGAGGUGGGGAGGGGGGACCCCCAAAUAUAUAUCAGCCCAACAGCCCUGAGUCUCCUUCUUUAUUAUUAGGAAACAAAACAACAACAAAAAAUGGCGUCAUGAAUAUGAACAGCAUUGUCAGAUGAAUUAGUUGAAGUGUUUUUUUUUGUACUGUGUCCUCAAAUUUAAUGGAUUAAUGUGUCUUGUAUAUAUAAAAAGAAAACCUCUACCUUCA